GAAUAAUAUUCCUCAUUACAGCUCUUGUUGAUUAAUCGACUGCUGUCUUCCCGAAUCUUCGUACUAUUUGUGUGAUAUUUGGACAAGUGAUCCACAUAAUGAGGACUAUUAUAUUCGUCGGUUUGCUGUGCGCAUUAAUAUUAUCGUUUUCUGAAGGCAGUACUAUUGGAUUGAAAAGCGUUCGAGAGCUUCGUCAAAGCACGAGUUUUGUAUCCGAUCCUUUGUCUGUACCUCAGUGCGGAAUCAGUAAUGUGCAGAUAGACAGAAUCGUUGGUGGCACAGAAGCGAAGUUAGGUGAAUUUCCUUGGAUAGUUCGUCUUGGGACUGUGAUGACUUUUGCACCUGGUGUGCAGUGGACAUCGUGGAUGUGCGGUGGCACUUUGAUUACUAACACACAUAUCCUCACUGCCGCUCAUUGUUUUUCUGAUGAUUUUCCUAUUUCAAUUUUUCCUGAGGAAUAUAUAGCGCGUAUUGCCGAUCUAGAUUUCGAGAGCAGCAACGAUGGUGCACAUCCGGUUGAAGUUCUCAUCAAAGAGAUAAUGCUGCACGCUGAAUACGACGACAUCUCCCAUGAGAACGAUGUGGCGGUUCUAAAAAUAGAUCGCGAGGUACAAUUUACAUCAACACUUCUUCCCGCUUGUCUUCCGAUAGGCAAUGUGAAAAAUGAGAAUUUAGACGGGAAGAUGGCUGUCACCGCUGGAUGGGGAUAUACUGAAGAAGGCGGAACAUCGCCCAGUACACUUAUGGAAGCCGAACUUUCUAUAAUUUCGAAUGAAGAAUGCCAAGAUGCUUACAGUGAACAACCGUAUGCAGUUCUUGAUAAGCGCACUAUAUGCGCAGCAAGUCCUGGAAAAGAUUCCUGUCAGGGUGACAGUGGUGGACCACUGAUGAUUCAAAAUGGCAAUAAGACGUACGUUGUUGGAAUAGUAUCAUGGGGCAUAGGAUGCGCUCGCCAAGAUUAUCCAGGCGUAUAUACAAGAGUUACAGAAUUCCUACCUUUCAUCGAGGAAUGCAUAGCAUACUGAAUACUGGACUCCCAAAAUAAGUCUCCAAAAUGUUGGCAACCAGGAAGAUCUAAGCGAAAGCUCAACAAAAACUUAUUAUCGAUAAAGGAAUGAACUAAUAUUUAAUUUCUUAUAAAUGUUAUUA